UUCCUGCGGGGGAGGGGUCCCGCCCAGGGAAGGAGAGGGCCGGCGACACCGGGGAUGCGCCUUUGUCUACAGGCACACUUUGCCAAGGUAGCUGGGGUACCAGGAAGAGCAGGGCCUGGUCCGACUGGGAUUCCUUGGGUUUUCCGUUCCUUCCCGGUUGGGUCGUGGGAAACCGGCACGUGGGUGUGGCCGGCGCCGCCUUUGCCAAGAGGCGAGGCUCGAGCGGGGAUGAGAAGCGUGGCGAGUGCGUUCGCGGCUGCUUUGACCUGGUGGGCGCCGCCUCCGGCACUGCACCGAGGCGGGGCGCCAGCGCCCAGGUUGCUGGGCUGGCCUUGGCGCCCCCUUCCCCUACCCAGAGCGCAGGCAGGCAGGGGGGUCCCGCCGCGCCCCUUCAGCAUGUAAGCUCCGGAGGGGAAUGGGGGCGCUCCUGGGCUGCGGAUGCAGGCCUGGGGACUCCUGGGCCGCAGGCGCGAGCAGUAGGGUGGCAAUAGGGAGGGCUGGGAGUCCUGUGAAGGAAGCACACGGCGGGCUCCCCGGGACGGUGGGGCAGAGCGCCCGGAGGCCGCGCUUCCCGGAGAGGCUAGGCUGCCAGCAGCUCUUUUCUGGCCAACGCUGCUGGAAGGCUGCUAGUGCCGGAGUCUCAGGUCGAUUUAGGCAGUGACUGCGUGCUCUUCGUCCCUUCUAUGUGAGAGGCGUCCCGACAGGAAAGUGUGUUUGUUUUGGGGGCUCCGUUUCCUGAGACCUAAGAGUUGGAGCAAGCUUGGAAGCGAGGCAUCAUUGUCUGUAGACCUCAGUGAACAUGGGGUUCUCUAGAUCAGGCAGGUGGCAGAGAGGAGAUAGUGUGGGUCAGAAUGGGAAGGCCAGCAGCCAUCCUUGUCACCUUUUCUUUCCUCUCCCUCACAUCCCCCUCCCCACCUGCUCUGGAGGAAACCACAGUCACCCUCACCACUAGGGUAGCUCUUUGGGGCCGGAAGUGUUUCCAUUUUUAGGGAAAUGACUUACCUGAGACAUGAGGCAGGAAUCCAUUAGAACUCCCAUUGUGCUAUGGGGAGACCAAGUCUCAGAGAACUGGGGCAAGGUCAGGCAGCCAGGAGGCAGAAGUGCUGUCUUAAACCCAAUUCUCUAGUGCCAAGUCCUGGGCUGUUAUAAAAUACAGCUGUUUCCAACCGGGGAGAUGUUAGGAGCCCUGACUUAGUUGCAAAUGGAAACCGGGCAUUGUUUCCAGGAGUGGCUGGGCAGGGGGACACGCACAGAGACGCAUGCUGCACGGGCACUAGGACCAAGCGGAUGGGAUGCCCAGGCAGCCACUGUGGAGGCUGCUGCAGUGGUGGCUGCAGUUCCCUGUGCUUUCUUCAGCCCUGGGCUCUAGGAGGCUGUCCACUCCCCAGCUUGCAUUUCCUGGUCUGCCUCUCCCCCUGCUUUCCCUUUCUUUCCUGCCUCUCAAGUAAAAGGUGAGAAAGUGGAGGACACAGGGAAAGUUUCUCUAAUAACUGUCUUGAGAAAGGGAAGCUGCUGCUUUUUCCCAAUGCCCCUUUGUUUGCUGUUUCUUUUGCUCCUGCACUUUCUUCUUGGGUCUUACUGGUGGCUGCGCUUUACUGGUGAAUAUCCCCUCCAGGAGUGGGUGCAGGGUAGGGGGAAGCUCUUAGGCCACUGGCUGCCUCCCUGGCCCUCAGGUGCCCAGAGCUGCCUCAGGCUCACCCCCUUGAAGCUUACCUCUUCAGCGCUUUGGGCCAGGUAGAGCCCAGUUCUGCCACCCACCAGCCAGAUGUCACGUGACCCUCUGGGCCUUGGCUUGUCUACCCCAGUGCUACACUAAGGGCUUUGUAUGUGUCGCCCAUUUAACCCUCAAAGAUGCCUUGAGGUUAGUCCUGCAACCCACAUUUUACAGAUUACGUGAGUAAGGGGGCACAGACAUCAAGUGGCAGAGCUGGGAUCUGAACCCCAGUAGUCUGGCUUCUGAGUCUACCAAGUCUUAUGCUCAGUAAGCAGUAACGGUUUUGAUCAGUGGGUCAUGUCCACUAGUAACAGAGAACGCCCAUGCUCCCAUGGACUGGAAAUGCUGCCUCCUGCCUGACCCUUCAUCUCCUGCCUUCUCUCGCCAGAUGCCGGUGCAGCUGACGACAGCCCUGCGUGUGGUGGGCACCAGCCUGUUUGCCCUGGCAGUGCUGGGUGGCAUCCUGGCAGCCUAUGUGACAGGCUACCAGUUCAUCCACACGGAAAAGCACUACCUGUCCUUCGGCCUGUACGGCGCCAUCCUGGGCCUGCACCUGCUCAUUCAGAGCCUGUUUGCCUUCCUGGAGCACCGGCGCAUGCGACGUGCCGGCCAGGCCCUGAAGCUGCCCUCCCCGCGGCGGGGCUCGGUGGCACUGUGCAUUGCCGCAUACCAGGAGGACCCUGACUACUUGCGCAAGUGCCUACGCUCGGCCCAGCGCAUCUCCUUCCCUGACCUCAAGGUGGUCAUGGUGGUGGAUGGCAACCGCCAGGAGGACGCCUACAUGCUGGACAUCUUCCAUGAGGUGCUGGGCGGCACCGAGCAGGCCGGCUUCUUUGUGUGGCGCAGCAACUUCCAUGAGGCAGGCGAGGGUGAGACGGAGGCCAGCCUGCAGGAGGGCAUGGACCGUGUGCGGGACGUGGUGCGGGCCAGCACCUUCUCGUGCAUCAUGCAGAAGUGGGGAGGCAAGCGCGAGGUCAUGUACACGGCCUUCAAGGCCCUCGGCGAUUCGGUGGACUACAUCCAGGUGUGCGACUCUGACACUGUGCUGGAUCCAGCCUGCACCAUCGAGAUGCUUCGAGUCCUGGAGGAGGAUCCCCAAGUAGGGGGAGUCGGGGGAGAUGUCCAAAUCCUCAACAAGUACGACUCAUGGAUUUCCUUCCUGAGCAGCGUGCGGUACUGGAUGGCCUUCAACGUGGAGCGGGCCUGCCAGUCCUACUUUGGCUGUGUGCAGUGUAUUAGUGGGCCCUUGGGCAUGUACCGCAACAGCCUCCUCCAGCAGUUCCUGGAGGACUGGUACCAUCAGAAGUUCCUAGGCAGCAAGUGCAGCUUCGGGGAUGACCGGCACCUCACCAACCGAGUCCUGAGCCUUGGCUACCGAACUAAGUAUACCGCGCGCUCCAAGUGCCUCACAGAGACCCCCACUAAGUACCUCCGGUGGCUCAACCAGCAAACCCGCUGGAGCAAGUCUUACUUCCGGGAGUGGCUCUACAACUCUCUGUGGUUCCAUAAGCACCACCUCUGGAUGACCUACGAGUCAGUGGUCACGGGUUUCUUCCCCUUCUUCCUCAUUGCCACAGUUAUACAGCUUUUCUACCGGGGCCGCAUCUGGAACAUUCUCCUCUUCCUGCUGACGGUGCAGCUGGUGGGCAUUAUCAAGGCCACCUAUGCCUGCUUCCUUCGGGGCAAUGCAGAGAUGAUCUUCAUGUCCCUCUACUCCCUCCUCUAUAUGUCCAGCCUUCUGCCGGCCAAGAUCUUUGCCAUUGCUACCAUCAACAAAUCUGGCUGGGGCACCUCUGGCCGAAAAACCAUUGUGGUGAACUUCAUUGGCCUCAUUCCUGUGUCCAUCUGGGUGGCAGUUCUCCUGGGAGGGCUGGCCUACACAGCUUAUUGCCAGGACCUGUUCAGUGAGACGGAGCUAGCCUUCCUUGUCUCUGGGGCUAUAUUGUAUGGCUGCUACUGGGUGGCCCUCCUCAUGCUGUAUCUGGCCAUCAUUGCCCGGCGAUGUGGGAAGAAGCCGGAGCAGUACAGCUUGGCUUUUGCUGAGGUGUGACAUGGCCCCCAAGCAGCGCGGGUAAAGUGCAAUGGGUAAGGGAGGGAAGGGGAAUGGAAGAGAAAAGACGGGGUGGGAGGGAGGAGGGAGUGCUGUGUUUUAGUCUCUUAAUGGUCCAAAGGACAAAUCUAAAAUGCAAAGAACGGUGAUGUAGUAUGGCCUGACAGCUCUGUUUAGAGGAGGCAACACUGAUCCCCCAGAUGCAGGGCUGCAGGGGAUUCUGUGUUUUCAGACUGCCUGUCUGCUUGCAUCUGCACAUAGGCAGUAGCCUCCUCCUGGGCUGCAGAGAGCACUCAGAAGUGUGUUAAACCAAGUUAAGUCCCAUUCAGUGGCAACUUGUGAUAGGUACCUGAGUGACGGCAACCUGCGGAAGGAGGUUCUCCCAGCCCAUCUGAACACAACCAGAGGUGGCAGGAGAAUUUCUACUGAGCGAGCUGGGCCGGUUAGUGUAUGUCACCCCCACCCCACCCCUAAGUAGUCAUCAAUGCAAUAAGAUUGCGCCUGAGAUACAAGGCCCAGAAGCCUGAUCUUUGGGCAUCAGAAAACAGGGUCCAGGAAUGGUGCUUUAUGUGAGAUACCCCACUCCAUAUCAACAUUCCAGGAAUGAGCCAAACCAGCAGGGAGUUAGCACUGAACUGCUUUUAAAAGUGCACAUUAAAAAGGAAAGUUUGCCAGGAGGAACAAAGAGAUUGUGGUGGUGCUAAAGGAGGCCAUAAGCUACACAGAGGCCUUGGGUGUUCCACCUGGAAACUGCUCAGACGUCUAGAUGGGUUCUUAGCUUGUCUGUGAUCUCUGCUGGGGAGAUAAAAAGAUUAAGCCCCAACAUGUUCAGAAAAGAAGUGAAGUCUUGGGUAUUUUAACCUGUAUACUCUUGAAUUCCUCUCAAAUUCAGCUCUGAUCUGAGGCUAAGACACACUCCUCACUUCACUUUCUUCAAAGCCACAUUUUUUGAGGUAUCACUGCAGUCACCUCUUCUACCCUCAUCAUCAUGGGUAAGGUUUUCAAGGUGGCAAUUGGGGCGGAGCCCCGGCUCUUAUAGAAGCUUCAGCAGGAGGCAAGCGUGUUCUCAGCACAUAUGGGAACUAUGAGGAGCCUCUGAUCAAAUUGGCUACAAUCUUGGAGCUGCUUGGACGGAUUCCUUGGCAGCCGGGUUAGCAUGUGUGACUUUCAGGCUACUGUUCUUGACAAUCAUCUCCAAUGGAAAGCUUUUCAGUGUUCCCAAAGUGAACUCUCAAAUCCAAAAUGGUUAUCUUUGAGACCAUCCAUUCUCCUCAGUGGCUUCUCCAGGGAAUUCUUACAGCCAAGUUGUGACAGUCACUGCAUUUGCCUGCUUCUUUCCAGAAACCAAACUAGGAGAUGAAACUGGUUCCUACAUCCUAAGGUUCUUGCUUUCUCUCUCAUGCCUCCUGAGGCUGUUUUUGGCUGUUUUCCCUCUGCUGCUUUUGGGGAAUGAGGGGAAGCCAUUUUCCAGUGACUUGCAAUCCAGGCUGUUCUCAGCAUUUUGAGUUUAAAACCUGGGAUCCUGACUAAGCCUUUGACUUACGGGUUGCUUGCUUGCCCUCCAAAUGUCCUUUCUCAGAGGGGCCAGCUAACCCGUGCAGAACCAGCACUAAGGUGGACAGCAGACAAGAGGGCAAGCCUCUAGUGUACCAAGUGCUUCCUACAAAGACGCAAGGUGUGCUCUGAGCCACAGAUGGGCAAACCCUGGUGCUUUCCUUCAUCUCCCAUGAACUCAAGGGUUUUCCAGGUGUAGCUAACAGUUGCCACAUCACACAGACCUCGAGUUUCUGGUAAGACUGCUGGUUGACAUCAGACCCAACCCAUGAAGGCUGGAAGGCAGCAGGCAUUUGCUGAGGCAGCUGAUCCAGGCAAUCGUUCUGCUGGCCAAGAAGUUAAACUAUUUUGAGCAUUAGAAUGGAGGAAAUCCGGUCAGCCAAGUGCAGAGUUCAGACUUCGCUAAGGGCUUGUUUUUCUUCAGCAUUUACUUGAAGAUUAAUGUAGGAUGACAGGCUCUCCUGGCUGUCCUACCAUCAGCUCUGCCUUGCACUGUGGUCGUCAACUUUCCUCAAAUCAAAAACAGGCAGGUACAGGUAGUGGGCUCACAACGUUUGACCUCGACUGGUUUUUCUAAGUUAUUUUGUACAUUUUUCAGCAGCAAAACCAAACUGGGUCUUCAGCUUUAUCCCCGUUUCUUGCAAGGGAAGAGCCUUUAUACAAUUGGACGCAUUUUGGUUUUUCCUCAUUGAGAAUUCGAAUCCUCUUUUGUAUUGUUUCUACAAUAAUUUGUAAACAUAUUUAUUUUUACCUGCUUUUUUUUUUUAAUUUUCAGGUCAAGUUUUUUAUACUGCACUUAUUUGUCAAAAUAAAGACUCUCACAUAUGCCGGUUAUCUCGGAA